AUGAAAAAUUCUAUCGCAAAUUUCAUCCAAGAAAAUCAAGUUUUAAAAAAGUCUGAAGUCAAAUUAAAUCGCGAAAUCACAGAUUUAAAAAGAUCAUUAGAACGUGAAAAAUCAAAGAAGUCAAAUUUAAAUUUUCCACAUCCUUCAUGCUUCUGCAAUGAACUCAAAGAAGCCUUAAAAGAUGAAAAUAACUUUAAAGAUUUUACAAUCAUGAUUGAAAAUGAAGAAAUUCACGUUAGCAAGCUCUUACUAGCAGCUCGAAGUCCAGUUCUGGCAAAAAUACUUCACGAUAAUCCAAACGCUGACAGCUUCAAUCUUGUUGACAUCUCUGUGCAGACAUUUAAAGAAAUUUUAAAAUAUUUAUACACUGAUAAGCUUCAAUUCGAUGAAAUAACAAAUUCUAUGCAUCUUUUCGCCGCUGCUCAUCGUUUAAAAAUCAAAAAAUUGAAAGACAUUGUAGCUAUGAAUAUUUCAAACUCAAUUACACCUGAAAAUGCAUUGGAAAUUUUGAUUUUAAGCAACAGAUAUGAACACGACAAAUUAAGACAAAACGCAUUUAAUGAAGUCAAGAAAAAUUAUCCAAAAAUCGAGUUUAAAGAAGAAUUUGCACUUCAACCUGAAAAAGUGACGCAAAUUGUGGAUGCUUUUAAAUUUAAAGAACAGAAACUUUUGAGAAUUGAGACAAUGGUUCAAAAUAUAGAGCUAGAGUUCCAAAAUUUGUUGAAUUAG